CCGACGCCAUGGCCGGGCACCGGGAUCCCGGGACCCAGUCGGGCAUCAUCCCGGGCGUCAGUCGCUGUGACCCGAGCUCGGUGGCUCUUGGUACCCCGCGCGCCAGCAUGGUUCCCCGGGGGUGGCCGACCCCGAGCCUGCGCCGCGUGUUCGUGGUGGGGGUUGGCAUGACCAAGUUCAUGAAGCCUGGAGGCGAGAAUUCCAGAGAUUAUCCUGACUUGGCAAAGGAAGCAGGCCAGAAGGCUUUGGCCGACGCGCAGAUCCCUUACUCAGCAGUGGAGCAGGCGUGCAUUGGCUAUGUGUAUGAUUCCUUUCUCAGUUCCUUUAGAGCGCACCAGAUUGAGGCUGCUCCCACCAGCUCCACAGUUGAUGGGUUCAAGUCUCAACUCAUCUUUAAGGAGAUCGAGAAGAAGCUUGAGGAGGAAGGCGAGCAGCUUGUGAAGAAAAUCGGGGGCAUUUUUGCGUUCAAGGUGAAGGACGGCCCUGGGGGCAAAGAAGCCACCUGGGUGAUAGACGUGAAGAAUGGCAAAGGCUCCGUGCUUCCUAACUCAGACAAGAAGGCCGACUGCACAAUCACCAUGGCUGACUCCGAUCUGCUGGACUUGAUGACCGGCAAAAUGAACCCCCAGUCGGCCUUCUUCCAAGGCAAACUGAAAGUCACGGGUAACAUGGGCCUGGCCAUGAAGCUCCAGAACUUUCAGCCCCAGCCGGGCAAGGCUAAGCUGUGAAGCGCCCCCUCUGGCAACCGUGGCCAACCGAAUGAGAUAUAUAGAUACCUCACUAUCCAUAUAUUUCAUCGCCCCAACUUAGAGGGAAGCUACGCGUUGGCGCGUGACAUGAGGUGGAUUUGUUGUGUAAUAGGCGUGACCAGUUGUGAUCUCCCUAAGCUCUGCGUGUGCGGGGUCCUGAUGAUAUAUACUGCUGUUGCUUUGUGGACUUGCAUAGAACUAACUAAUUGUGCACGACAGAUUAAUAGCAAUUAUGGUGUGGGGUCAGUUGGAUACAGUGAAGAGCAGUGAAAUCGGAAGACUUGUAAACAAAGCUCUUGUUUUGCCUAGGAGUGUUUCUAAGGGUGAUUCUACUGAAGAUCUGACCCAAGAGUUUUCUUUAGAACCAGGGGAGAAACAAUACGGGCAGCUGACUAGAAGGCCAUGUUAAGCACCUAAUUACAUCCAUCACUUUCUUAUUAAUAGUUCUUAGGAUCCUGUACUGAGAGUUAAAAAAAAAAUUUCAUUAAAAUUUUGCAUUUCCUGUCGGGCGUGGUGGCGCACGCCUUUAAUCCCAGCACUUGGGAGGCAGAGGUAGGAGGAUCACCGGGAGUUCGAGGCCACCCUGAGACUACAUAGCGAAGUCCAGGUCAGCCUGGGCUAGAGUGAAACCCUACCUUGAAAACAAACAAAGAAACAAAAAAAUUUUGCAUUUCCUGCCAUCAAAAGUGAUGUUUUUCUUCCCAAAUAAAAUAAAAGAAUUACAGUCAGAGCUUGGGGUGGGAAAUCGGAUAGCAGAAGCAGGCCUAUUUUUAAAGUGAUAUAUUUUUUAAAUGGGUUUCUUUCUUGGAAAAUCAGGGUACUAGAGUCGUAAGCUACUGUUGCUAACAAUAAUUGAAUAAAGUUUGCUUUCAUAUUAUAA